AUGGCAGCGUUGGAGUCGUCUCCUUGCACUCCGGCAAAGGCGGCGACGGCGACCAUCCAUAGAAAUCCAAGCGACGGCACACCUUUGAAGCAUGUACAGCCUAAGUUGCCGGCUGGAGAUUCUCCGUACGUGCGAGCAAAGCACGUCCAGUUAGUAGAAAAGGAUCCAAACAAAGCAAUUCCACUAUUCUGGGCUGCUAUAAACAGUGGAGACCGAGUUGACAGUGCAUUAAAGGACAUGGCUGUUGUAAUGAAACAAGUGAAUCGAGCUGAAGAGGCCAUUGAGGCAAUAAAAUCUUUCCGCUAUUUAUGCUCUAUCCAAGCACAGGAGCCUCUUGAUAAUGUUCUUCUUGACCUAUACAAGAAAUGUGGUAAGAUAGAUGAUCAAAUUGAAAUGCUGAACUUCAAGCUGAAGAUGAUUGAUGAUGGGCUAGCAUUUGGUGGGAGGACAACAAAAUUGGCGAGAUCUCAAGGAAAAAAGUUUCAUGUUUCCCUCGUGCAAGAAAAAUCCAGGUUGCUAGGGAAUCUUGCCUGGGCUUACAUGCAAUCAGAUAACUACAUGGCAGCAGAAUCACUUUACUGGCAAGCAUUGGCAAUAGAACCAGAUCAUAACAAGCAGUGCAAUUUAGCUAUCUGCUUGAUGAAGACAGGAAGACUAGUAGAAGCAAAAUCCCUCCUGCAAAACAUCAAAGAGCCAUCUAGAGAAGCGCAAAUCACCAACAGCAGUACCGAAUCCUACCUUAGAUCCUUUGAACGGGCUUCUGAAAUGCUUAUGACACUUGAGUCGCAAUCAGGACUACAACUUGAGGGGCAUAAUAUAUCUGCCACAGCUUCAAAUCCUGUAAAUAGCAGAAGAAGUGAAGAUUUCAAUGGUAAGAACUUGUUGAAUGAGUUUUCUUCACCUUUGUCUGUUGGAAAAUGGAAGAGAGAAUCUGUCAGUCAGAGAGUUCCCUCACCACCCUCCUGCGGUUGGAAAUCUCCAAAGUAUGUCACUCCAUCAUUCAACAAAUGGCCUGGUCAGGUAGAAGCGUCUGCUGAUAUUUGUCAACAAAGAUCGAAAUCCUCUUGUAACAAAGCAUUGUUUUCACCAGCAUCUGUGGAUGGAAGCCCAAAUUCGAAAACAUUAGCCGAUGAAGAGCAUUCUGGCACAUCCAUCAAGAACCAUGCUACAGCAUUUGAGAAACCUUUAACAAUUGUUGAAACAAAGAAGUAUCCAAUUGAAGAUAACAGUCCAAAGCCCGAGCUAACAAGAGAACCACAAACUCAUAGUGGAAUUUCGCAAGCCAAAGGACUAAAAGGACUGGCUAAUGAUGCCUUAUCAGCUAUAGCUGGUGCAGAUAUGAUCCCCAGAUCUGUAAACCUGGUCAUGGGAAGCAGGAGACAGGCAGAUGCUGUCAAAGUGGAAGCAGUUAGUCAAAGGAGGAGGAAAGAACAAUCACAUAGCUCAGAUAAUAUAUCAGUUACUGGCCGUAAAAAUCUGAAUCCACCAGCACAAGAUUGCUUGUUUGCAAAUGGAGAAAGAAGAACAAAGGCAAAUCAUGUGAUGGAUACUCUAGUCCCCAAACCACUGGUUCAGUCACUUACAGCCAAUGGAAAUAUAUCAGCAAAUGCACCAAGCAAAGAAAGUGGCAGUAGCAUGAAAGCUUCAGAAAACAAGAAUCAGGGUCAGAAGUCACAAAACUGUGAAAAAGGCAGUCCAAGAUGCAAUGACAUUGGUGAAGAGGAAGUUUUCUCUGGGAUUAUGAAAAUGGGACAUCCUCAGAACCUUGAUUUGGAUAAUAAUUUAACUUCGAUAACUGAAAGCAUGAAACCUCCUGAAGACCCCUCUAUCUUCACUAGUGGCAGAAUGCACUUCCGAGAGCCUGCAGUGCAGAGCUGCAGUGCUGAUGUUCAUGUUCUAAAGUCAAAAAUAUCAAUCCAAUCCCCGAACCAAGUUAGUUUUGGCAGCUUAUCCACUUCUAUGAAUGUGAAUCAGAUCCAAGGAUCUGAUGUGUCCACAGAUAUUGGGGGACAGAUAGAAAUCCUUGGGGAGAAGUUUCCCCAAGGAGUUUCAAACAAUGGUAACUCUCAGAAUUCUGACAAUGCUUCAGCUUGCAUGGACAAAAUUCCAGAGUUUAGAGGUGACAAACCAGUUUCAUAUGGUGGAAACAGAACAUGGGCUGAAAUGGUAGAAGAAGAAGAAGAAAACUUGGCUAAUGAGAACUUGAGAAUUGAUAUAGUAGCUGAUCAUGCAACUGGAAGUUGCAAAAAUUCAUCUGAAGAACAUGUUAAGACACCUCCAGCAUUAAACAGCAAAAAAACUUGGGCUGAUAUGGUAGAGGAAGAAGAAUGCUUGGUUAGUGGGAAUCUAAAUCAUAGUGCUGCGAUCGAUAGCCAUGAUGGAAGCCGCAAACAUGCAUCCACUGAACAACCGGCGCAUGAAGGAUUCCCAGAUGAAAAUGUGAACUUCAUUAAUAUUGUCAGAUCCACUCCUUGCCAGAAGCAUCAGAUGCCACAAAACUAUGCUGCAAGGUUCUGCCAAAAGAUUAGUAUGCUGGAUAUUCAAGAAGGGUCUGAAAGUGGGAGCAAAACACCAAGAAAGAAUUCGUCAGCUCGGCGAUCUCUCUCAUUUGAUGAGCAGCCAAUGUGGGAUCUUUCUAAGGGUUGCUUCCUAGAGGCUGGCCUCCGGGAUUCUCUUCAUAUGGUGGCCAAGGGAAGCUGGUCUAAUUGUGAAAUGAAUUUGAAGCGAGCUAAGCAGUGCAACAGACUUAGAGUUUUCCAGGAAAUUACACUUGACGAAGAUGGAAGAGAUUGAACAUAGGUGGAAUCAAAUUCAUUAGCAACAAGGAAUUUGGUGACUUUCUAAGUUCUGUCCUCACCAUUGUUUCCCAAGUUUUUUCUUCUUUAAUGCAUGAAAUGUGAUACUUGAAGAACAUCCAUUUUCUAAUUCUUUAUUUUACUCGA